AUGAUCAUCCUACAUUCAAAAUCAACAGUUAUGCAUUUAACCAAACGGUUCCUGAGUACAUCAAUGAUUUUACGAUCCGUUUCAUCUGGUUUUGAGCGACAAAAUAAUGAGUAUGUACUAGUGGAUAUCAAAGGACAAAAAUCAAAUAUUGCACUUGUACAACUUAAUCGCCCUAAAGUAUUCAACUCACUGUGCAACAAACUAAUAACUGAAUUAGCUACAACGUUAACCUCACUUGAUAAAGAUUGUCGAAUUGCUUGUAUAGUUCUUACCGGUAGUACACGAGCAUUUUCCAUUGGUGCUGAUAUCAAAGAAAUGCAUAUGGAGAAAAUGGCACACGUAAUUAAGUCUGAUUUUCCUGAAGAAUUAUCAGUAGUCUCAAGAUUAACAAAACCGAUUAUCGCUGCUGUCAACGGCUUUGCAUUAGGUGGCGGAUGUGAAUUAUCGAUGAUGUGUGAUAUUAUCUAUGCAGGUCACAAAGCAGAAUUUAGUCAGCCGGAAAUCACUAUCGGCACCAUUCCUGGUGCUGGUGGUACGCAGCGUUUAGCUCGUUUUGUUGGAAAGUCGAAAGCUAUGGAAAUGGUUUUAACAGGCAAUCGAAUCAAUGCUCAUGAAGCAAAACAAAUUGGAUUAGUUAGUGAUGUUUUUCCUGCGGAGAAACUUGUUGAAGAAGCCAUUAAAAUAGCUGAAAAGAUCGGAAAUCAUUCAAAACUGGUAGUACAAUUAGCAAAAGAAGCAGUAAAUACCGCCUUUGAAACUACAUUAGCAGAAGGUAUUCAAUACGAGAAGAACCUUUCUCUCACAACAUUUGGUUUAGCUGAUCGAAAAGAAGGCAUGAAGGCGUUCAUUGAAAAACGCCAACCUAAUUUUACCGACCAAUAA